AUGGCGCCAAGCAAGAAAGGAUGGCAGAUGAUUGUGAUCGUUUCGGUCUUGGUCGCCCUAUGUUUGAUCUCUGUAGUGUUGCGAGUCUUUGCUCGCCUUCGGAGGAGAGUUGGGUUCGGCGUCGACGAUUAUCUGAACAUGAUCUCUAUGGUGCUCCUCCUUGCCAUGUUGGUUGAGCUGGUUCUUUGGUGUGCAAUCGGAGGAAAUGGAGCACACGUCCUGGAUCUCUCACCGGAAACACUCAUGAACUACUGGAAGAUCUUCCUCGCCAACCAAUUCACAUACUUCGUCCUCUGUCCUUGUAUCAAAAUCUCCAUUAUCUGCUUCUACCGCCGAGUCUUCGCAACUCCAAAAUUCCAAAAAGUCACCUUCGGUCUAAACUGCCUGAUCGCCGCCUGGGGCACAGGGAUCUUCCUAGCAUGCGCAGGACAAUGUCGACCACUCCGUGCAUACUGGGACCACAGCAUCGAAGGCUCAUGUUUUGACGCUCAGGAAUUCAUCAUCGUCAACCAAGCCUUCAACGUCUUCAUCGACUUCGUCAUCCUAGUCCUACCAAUCCCAAUGAUCUGGAACCUCCACCGCGCAUGGCAGGACAAGCUCGCCCUAAACGGUGUCUUCGCCCUCGGCACCUUCGUCUGCUUCGCCAGUAUCUACCGCAUCGUCGUCCUCUUCUGGAUCAGCCCGACGGACCCAACCUUCACCGUCUACCAGGCAACGCUGUGGACGCAUGUCGAGCCUGCUGUUGGCUUGAUUUGCUCCAACCUGCCCAUCAUCCGCGGCUUGUUCCCCGCGCUCAAGUUGAAGAGCUCGCGCAAUGGAACUGGUCCGGCGUAUAUCAAUACCGAUUAUACGAACUCUUUGUUCAUGUCGAAGUCUAGCCCUCGCUCACCGGAUGUGGAGUUCAUCAAGAUGUAUAAUGCCCAGGUCGAGAGCAAAUCGCAGGGUCAUCUUGGGGAUGAUCUACAUCCCCGGAUUAUUAAUGUCCAGACGGAUAUUUCUAUCCUUCCGGGGAAUGACUCGACUACUAGGCUGAACCAUUGA